AUGGUUAGCGCGACUGUUGCGAGAACCAUUGUCGGCAUUUGUGGAAAUGUCAUCUCCUUGUUCUUGUUCUUAUCUCCCAUACCUACGUUCGUAACGAUAUACAAGAUGCAGAAAGUGGAGGAGUACAAAGCCGACCCAUACUUAGCCACGGUGCUAAAUUGCGCACUAUGGGUCCUUUAUGGCUUACCAGUGGUCCAUCCAGAUAGUCUCCUUGUGAUCACCAUUAAUGCCACUGGUCUUGCCAUUGAGCUCCUCUAUCUCGCUGUCUUCAUCUACUUUUCUCCCACCCUCCGCAAGGUGAAAGUGGGGUUAUGGCUGAUAGGAGAGAUGGUGUUUGUAGGUAUAGUAGCCACAUGCACAUUGCUAUUGUUUCACACACAUAACCAGAGAUCCUCUUUUGUUGGAAUCCUUUGUGUCAUUUUUCUUAGCCUCAUGUAUAUUGCUCCUCUCACCAUCAUGAGUAAGGUGAUCAAGACCAAAAGUGUGAAGUACAUGCCACUCCCUCUCUCGCUUGCCAACUUUCUGAACGGUGUCGUUUGGGUUAUUUAUGCCCUUAUUAAAUUCGAUAUUUUCAUCUUGAUUGGAAAUGGACUAGGAACCGUAUCUGGAGCAGUGCAACUUAUACUCUAUGCUUGUUAUUACAAGACAACUCCAAUAGAUGAUGAUGAAGAAGAAGAGGAUAAUCUUUCUAAGCCUAACUCUCAGUUGCAACUUAGUGGCAACCAUGGAGAAGCUAAACGAGUUUCAGCUUGA